AUGGUGAAGCUUUGUACGUCCCUCGGCUUCGGGGCGGCUCUGGCCUUCUCUCUCGUUUGUUCCUCCUCCUUCUCUCUCACUCCCAGCAGGUCCUCUCUCAGAUUCUCGUCUUCUGCCUCCGCUGCUCCACCGAACCCGCCGCCAUGUCCGCAGAGGCUCGCUGCGGAUCUCCUCUCCAUCCUCGGGACGAGGAAUGAGGCCGCCGCCGUCCCCAAGAGGGAGGCCGGACGGAUCUGGUCUUGCCUCAAGUUUCUCGUCCCCUUCUCGCCUGUUCCUGGCGGCUACCUCCGUCUCCGAAGUGAAGCUCCCCGCAACGGAAGGAGAAUCCACGGCGGCCCCCGAGCAGAGGAGGACGAGUGGAUCAGAUGGCCGCCGGAGCCGGUCUUGGACCUCGCACGCAUUGCGGUGGACUCGGGCGGCGACCCGGCGGCGAUCCAGAUGGCUCUAGAUCCCAGCGUGUUGCAGGUGAGUAGAAUUACUGAUCAUCGUUACUGGGACCGCGUAAUGCUCAGUGCAAAAAAUUUAACCAAAUGAAUCAUUAAUUCAUGAUUUAUCGGUUUUGGCUCUCUACAUCUAACUAUCGUUGACCUUUAAACAGUGAAGUUAGCGUCACACUGAUAAUGGCGUGGGAUGCUAAUUCAAAUGUUCCCUUUGGAUUAGAUACCCGAUGUAGAAGGAUUGAAGAAGGACCGGUGCGAGCUGACGAGAACGCCUUAUGGAAGACGCUUUAUAAACGAGGUUUCUGCUGGAAGAACGCAUAAAGUUUUCAUACUGAAAUUAAUUGUAGUACAAUCACGAAAUAUAAAUAAUUUUUUUUAUCUUAGCAAUAACUUUAAAUCUGUGAUUGUCUGCGUUUCAGGAUUUGAAUGCAUAUCUCGCGUUCUUAUUCGAACUGAUUGCUGAUAGGAGCCCCCUGGUGGGUUUGAACAUAUCAUUGAAUCGCUAUGACUUGUUUCAUGGGCAUAUUUUUCUCGCCGCCAGCACUGGAAGGCUUGGUAUAUUGUAAGUUAAGACGCCUCUUUCAUCUCGUUCGAGUAUGUUCUAGCAUUCUCAUUCAUUGAUCCAGAGAUCUGUAAGUGCUUAACUCUAGAUAGAGGAUUUCAAUCUACAGAGAGUGCACAAGCACAUCUCUUUCUGACGUCUGAGAUAACGUGCAAUAAUAUUUCAUGACUUUAGGAUUAUAAGGUGUUCAGAAAGAACAUUUGGUGAAUGCUCUUUGGUAGGGAUAUCAACGUCGGUACUUCUGUACUCUCAUGAUUGUUUAAGAUCAGCGUAUGGCCUUUCAUCUUCUAAAUAUUCCGAGGGCUCUUGGAACCACAUGUGUUAGUAAUUGCCAGUUUCUUUUAAAUCGGAAUCUCCUAGAACAUUAAAUAUUAAUAUUUUAUUUUAUAAGUUGUGGGAAAAUAAGUCUUAUUUCUUACUGCAUUUAUUCAGCUUGGUUGGGCGAGUGUUAGAGUGGAAUCCUUUUUUCUUUUGUAUGAUUCAACAAUAAAACAAAGAACUAGAACUAAUGAUAGGUCUUGUUAACGCUGAGAAACGAUAUAGGAGACAUAUUAAAAAAAAAUUGGUAACUUGCAGUCAUUAUCUUCCCCCCCUGACGAACAAGCUUAAGUCAAAAUACUAGUAAACUCCUUCCGUAGAGGUUGCUUCAAUUCUCAAAAAUAACUCUCUAAGUCCGUGGCUACAGAGUUGGUGUUUCAUUUGGGAAAAUGGACUUCAUUUUAAAAUGCCGACUCAGGAUUAAUUAUCUGGUAUUUGUAUAUAAAAAAUAUCGUCUAACUGAAUUUAUGUGUCCGCAGCAUCCUAGCUAUUUCUUCAGCUAGGGGUUUGCUAAAUAUAUAUUUGGCAUAAAGAAUAAAUACCAGCUUUCUUGGCGUGAUUUAAUCGACAGGUUUCAUGCCAGAGAGUAUCCUGCAUAUGAGAAGGAGGUAUUUCCCUACAAUAUGGGCUGCUGUCAAAGGGGUAAGCGUCUGCAUUUUGUCUCAUAAUAUUAUUAUUAUACCUAAUUAUUUCCAUGGUUUACUUCUCCAUAGCUAUAAACUGUCGUCCAUGUGACAAAUACAUUAGCUUUUUAUGGCAGGGUCUUGCGUAGUGUAUGAUGAUUCAAUGAAUCUACGGAAUAUCCUGUGGUUGGCUCCAUUGCCUAGUAACCAGACAAAAGCUUGGUUGGCACCUGGUAAACAUCCCAAUUUCUGAGAAUUUAAUCAUUUUGCCAAACUAAAAGAAAAGGAGCAUGUACCGUGACUCAGUUCCACUAUCCGUUUGCGGUUAGAUCUUUGUGCAAAAGCAGUGCCUUUGUUCUUUUUUCCUCCCUUGUUUGAUGAUUCUUUCCUAACAUUCAAUCUAUACCUUUUCGUGCACGCAAAUAACAUUCAUCAUUAGGGUUAAUUUUCUGCCAGUUCAUAUGAACAUCAACCAUGGCCUCCUUUAUGAAGAUCAAGCUUCAUCAGGGAAGGUUAUUGAGAGAACUAGCGGUUAAGUUGUCGCUGAUAAUCGCUGUUGCUCCAGCUUCGGCCUCCUUACUGAAAGCUCGAGGUUCCGAUAACCUCCUCCUUUGUUGCCCACGGAAUAUAAUAUUUCAUUCUUUUUUACUCAACAAAUUGCUAUCAACAGAAACUCACCCUGGUGCGAAAAUAUGGGUUUUACUUUAGAUCAAACCUCUUAGAUGAUAGUGGGAUAUCCCCCCACAAGAACUUCUCCCAAGUGCACAGUUUUUUUUUCCUCUCCAUCCGAAAUAGCAUCUUGGUCCUUGAUAUGGCUAUUUCCUUAUCGGCAAACAUGGCAAGAAAGCUGACGUCAAGAUAAUGUCUCUUUGAUAGUAAAAUCUAUCUUGUUAUGGUUCUCCCUCAGAUGACGAGGAAUUAACCAAGCAUGGGGGUCUCCAAACAGCAUGGGUUUCUUUUGGUAGUAUGCUUUCAAACCUAUUGUAGUAAUCUCCGAAUAAUUAUCAUAACUUUGGAAAUAUGUCCUUGCUGUGUCUUAGGUGUUCUGGUUGCUCUGGAUGCUCACCCUGGAGGAGCCAUUUAUGAGUGUUUGGUUUCAGAGUAUGUAGACUACGUGAGGACAAUUUAUGAAGGUUGAGACCCAUAUAUCUUAAAUAUAUCAUGUUCUCUACGGUUAUGUUUUUUGUAUUUGACUUCUCUCGUGGUGAUGGUAACCAGGUGACUUUGGAGACAUUGUGGCCGACAUCAACUAUUUCAACAUAGGCAACGUAAACUCCAGUGAAAGGAUCUUCAUCUGCUAA